CGACAUUCUCUGCAUUUUUGGCGCUGUGAGGGACCUUCGCCAACAGCAAUUUAGUUGUACCGCCGUUUCGGAAUCCCACCCAAUUCUCUAAAACGCCGUCGUUUCGAUUCCGUCUUUCCCUCUCUCUUUAAAUACCUAAUAACUCAUUAGAAUCCCAAUCCAUAAGGAACAACCAUGCAUCAAAAUUCGUUCAAAGAUUCAAAGAUUUAGGAUUUAGAAUCCUAACACCUUCCUCUCUUCCAAUUCAAUUCCAUGUUGAUUCACUGGUAUCUCCGAUUUUAGAGAGAGAAACAGAGAAAGGAGAGAGAAUUUCAAUUCUUUUGGGAAAAAACGAAAAAGUCUUCUUUUUUUGGUUUUAGUUAGAAUGGGAUUGAUAGUUGAGGUUGAUAACGUAGACGAGGACGCCGCCGUUUUGGUCCCGCCGCCGAAUUUCUCAAUGGUGGAGGACUGCAUUUUCCGAUCCAGUUUCCCCACUCCUUCCAAUUUCCCUUUUCUCCAAACCCUAAACCUUCGAUCCGUCAUGUCAGUUUUAUACUUUUAUUCCCCACUCCCCUUUUGCAUUUAAUUUUAUUUUUUUUUUUGUAAUUAUGAAAACUGGGAUUUUGGCAUUGGGGAUUAAGGUUUAUCUGAAUUCUUCGCGUUUCACAAUCUGGAGAUCGUUUUUGAAAUUCAAUUUUAAGAGUUAGCUCUAUGUUCUUUUGGUGCUUCAAAUUUUUCAUCUUUUGGAUGUAAUGUAAUUUUUUUUUAAAAUCCCAAUUUGUUGGGUUUUCUUUCUUCUUCUCCUAUUUAUUUAUGUAUUUUUUUCACACUCAAAACUCAAUACACCAUAUUUUUUUCAAGAGGAAAAUUGCAACAGCGAGGAAAAAAUGUGAUUUUUUACAGAGUAUGUUAUCUUGGAUACUUGUGUCCAGAGCCCUAUCCGGAAGAAAAUCUGGAGUUUCUUCGAUCGCAGAACAUUCGGCUCUUUCAAUUUGGAAUCGAGGGGAAGACGAUGUGAGAAAUCACCCAGUUUUGAUUCAUUGCAAACGAGGAAAGCAUAGAACAGGUUGCCUUGUUGGCUGCUUGAGAAAAUUGCAGAAUUGGUGCCUAUCUUCUGUGUUUGAGGAGUACCAACGAUUUGCGGGUGCGAAAUCGAGGAACGGGGAUUUAACCUUUAUAGAUAGGUUUGACAUUGUAAGCCUGAGGCAGUGCCUUUACAGUAUCAUCUACCAGUAUCAAGGAUACGGUUCGAAGAAGCGGCGAUUGCUGUAUACAGACGAGAACUUGCAGAAGCCCCGACUGGCAUCGUUUUAGUUGUGUGCCGGGAUUUGAAACCCUUUUCCUUUGCCCAUGAAAUGGUAGAUUUUCUAGUAGUGUCAUGGUUCAUUUUUACAUGCUCCAACUCAAAGUUUUAGGUUUUUCAGAGUACUGCUAAAGAAACGGUCUUUUUUCUUCUUAUCUUUUCUUUCUUUCUCUUUUUAUUUUGGUUGUGUUGUUGCUAUGUUUCUAUGUUCCUUCCAUUUUUAUUUUCUCAAAAAAACACACACACACACACAAUACAAGAAUGCAGCCAAUUAUUUUCAGAAAAGAGGCUUCUCACGCCACACAUUGCUUGAACUUUUGAACCAAACAAGAGCUUAUUUCAUAAGGAUUGGAUCCCAGUAAUUUUAUUCAUAAGAGUGAACAAUGUAGUCUGCACAUUUGGUAACAUGUUUCAGUUGUUGAAAGUUGGUUCAAACUUAAUGGAAGAUAUAUACAUACUUAUUUUAGUA